AUGGAUACAACCGCUACUACACUUGUUUUUGUUGUUGGGUAUUCUCUUUUUUUCUUCUUCUUUGUUUAUGCCAUUUUCUCUUCUGUCUCUUAUCUUUCUUCUCCCCUUUUCUCUCUCCUUGUUUCAUUUCUUUCUCUUUCCCUCCCUCCUUCUCUCUCCCUUUUCUCCUUGUUCCUCUCUCUAUUCUCAACAGUAGAUAAAGAUGACACUCUCUUUCUCAUAUUUUCAAGUCCUCCUUCUCCACUUCUUCUCCCCAUUUUUGUUGUUUCACUUUCAUUUUCAUCUGACUUCCAAACUAAGUUCCUGCUUUGUUUUCAACUCAAACCUUCCUUCCUUCUUUCCUUCCUGCCUUCCUUCUUUCCUUCCUUCCUUCUUUCCUUACUUCCUUCCUUCCUUCCUUCCUUCCUUCCUUCCUUUUUUAUUAACAUUCAACCACUGUCAAUCAAACCCUCUUUUCUGUUUCAUCUUAUCAUUCCUUUCUCAUGA